AUGGCUUCAAAAUCAACUGACGCUUUUGAUGAGGAGGAGCGUGUUCAGGAAGAAGAGGAGCCAAAACGGGAGCCGACAUACGGCACUGUGGAAUGGAUUUACUACUGGAGUGAUACUGAAGGCCUCCUGCCAACCCCCUUAAAUGUAUCCAUCACAGGUGCGAUCAAAUACAGCUGUCCGUCACUCAGAUGGUACAACUUCGACGUCUACCCUCACAAGAUUAAAAUGACCAAUACCGGAUACACCGUACUGAUCGGUGCAAAAUGGAAGACUGAGCGGCCAUAUUUAGAGGGAGGCGUAUUACUGGAAAGGCACGUUUUAUCCCAGAUCCACUUCCAUUGGGGACCCAACUUGAUGGAUGGCAGUGAACACUCCGUCGAUAAUCGGAAACAUCCCGCUGAAAUGCAUGUCUCAUUCUUUAAGUCUGAAUACCUGACACAAGAAGAAGCGCUUAAACAUGAUGAUGGUGUGGUCAUGUUUUGCUAUAUUAUCAAAAUGGCCGUAGACCCAGACCCUCGUCUAACUUGGGUGAUAGACGCGUUCCCGAAGAUCCGAGAGCCCCAGAGCAGGACGCGUAUUGGCCCUUUGCCGAUGUCCAAGUUGAUGCCUAUGUUUGCUGAAGACUACUUCCUCUAUUGGGGCAACUUGCCCUCGGCGAAAGGAGAUAACUUCAUCAUCAGGUGGCUUGUACCGAGGGUUACACUCUUUGCUACUAGUGAACAGAUCAAAGAAUUCCGUAAACUCUGGGACCCAUGGGAUGAACCAAAUCCUGGAAAUUGCAGACCUUUACAAGAGCAAAAGGAUCGAAAAAUUUUCCUUAUCAAUCCACAUUUCAACUUAUACAACUCCUUACUUCCAUUGCCAACGAAACCUGAGCCAUCGAUAUCAGUACUUUCGGAUGAAUACACAUCCAAACCUUGGAUGCUACCAUCCAUAGAAGCUAGUCUUCAAGCUGUUUUGGAAAAGGCUUUGAGAGGAGACGAACCAGAAGAAGAACAGAAUAAAUUGUUUGUAAUAAACUAA